GAUACGAGCCCUGACCUCGCAAUUUGGCAGUUCGUCUGUCCAACAGGAAUCAAUGUCCUAACACGCCGUCUGGGCUACACAUUGCAGCCAGAUGCCAGCAUGCCUGAGUACUAUCAAAAUCAGCAGCAGCCACAUUCGUUGCAGCCAACUCAGACAGACCAAGCUCAUAAACCAUUAGGACAGGCGACAGAAAUUGCUGAAAAGUUUCAUUCUUCUUGCCCCUUCUUGCUCUCUGAACUGUACACGACUCCACAGCCUACCCUCUUCUUGGUGGUGUCUGGCCCUCGCGUCUAUCUUUGGCAGGGCUGGUGGCCUGGAACUACCAACUCAAUCGCUAGUCCUCCGGUUCCAGGCGUCGUGUCUACUGAUGGAACCCCAAUCGAACAAAACAUCAACUUCUUUACUCCAAGCAAAUGUAGCAAUAAUAUAGAAAUUCCAAAUGCAAUCGAUGCAGGUGGCGAAAGUCAGUCUGGUCCUUUUUGUCAAUCUGAUUUGUCCUCCUGCUCGACCUCGACAACCACAUCGCCAGCUCCUGACAUCGAAGGGCCUGAUGACAUAAAUGUCUUUGCCUCUAACCUUCCUCAGACUGCAAUCAGCUCUGUUAUACCUGCAUCAUCGGCAGCUGCAACUAGCACAUGCGCAGCUGGAUCAGCCGUCUUUCGAUUCCACGCACUUAAAAAGGCUGCCCUUGAGACGACAAAACUUCUCUCUCUGCUGAUCGGUGCAGAUUUCGCUCGCGUUGUUUACUCUGGACUAGAGCCUCCAGAUUUCUUGGCCCAUUUUCCUGCCUACGAACGUGAUCCAUCUUCUUCCGCGUGUCACCUGUUGUCUUAUUAUCAAAGAGACUUCAAAGAACUUAGCUCUUACUCCGUCUUCUACUAUUGGCCUCCUGUAUUUUUCAGGCAUCGUGGCAUUGCAUUUUUAGAUUCUACCCCAAAAUUUCGUCGGCACCAUCGUUGGUUACAUCAGGAAAUGGCUGAAGUUUACCACUGGGCUACAGCUCUGAUGACAAGUAUUACCUGUUCCACUGACAAAUUUAUUCUUGAACGGUUUUAG